GGGUCAGCACCGUUUCUUGUCUGUGCUACAGCAGGCACAACAGUGCUGGGAGCAUUUGAUCCUCUGGAUAAAAUUGCUGAUAUCUGUGAAAAACAUGGCCUCUGGCUUCAUGUUGACGCUUCUUGGGGUGGCUCAGCUUUGGUAUCAAGGAAGCAUUGCAGACUUCUUCAAGGCAUCCACAGGGCUGAUUCUGUUGCCUGGAAUCCCCAUAAAAUGCUGUUGGCAGGAAUCCAGUGCUGUGCUCUUCUGGUGAAAGACAAUUCUGGACUCCUGAAGAAGUGUUACUCUGCCAAGGCCUCGUACCUGUUCCAGCAGGACAAGUUCUACGAUGUCAGCUAUGACACCGGUGACAAGUCCAUUCAGUGCAGCAGGCGUCCAGAUGCGUUCAAAUUCUGGCUGAUGUGGAAAGCAUUGGGAACCACAGGCCUUGAGGACAGAGUAAACAGGGCACUGGCUUUGGCUAGAUAUCUAGUGGAGGAAAUUAAGAAAAGAGAGGGAUUCCAGCUUCUUUUGGAGCCAGAAUAUGCAAAUGUCUGCUUUUGGUACAUUCCACCAAGCUUAAGAAAAAUGGAGGAUGGACCUGAAUUUUGGCAGAAGCUACACCAG